CCACCACUACUAAUUUCUCUAAUAUUCUCUCUCUCCAAUAAUGGACAAUACAAACGACACUCCAACCAACUACGCCCUCAACGGCAAGAUAAUGCUCAGUUCCGUAACCAUCCUCUUCAUCGUCGUAUGCGUGGUCGUUUGCUUCCACACCUACGCCCGGUGGUGCUCAACCCGGGCCAACAACAGCCAACGGCGCCGCCACCGCAGUCCACGUCAGCCGAUUAAUUCCCCAGCCACCGACGCAGCGGUCAGUAUCUCUUCUCAGAGCAGGUUGGACCCACAAAUCCUCAAAACCAUCCCAAUCUUCGUCCACUCUUCAACCCCCGCCGCCGUGCUAGAAUGUGCCGUGUGCUUGUCGGAGUUCGAGGACGGCGACCGAGGCCGUACUCUGCCAAAGUGCGGACACGAGUUCCACGUCGCGUGCAUCGACGCGUGGUUCUGGUUCCACUCCAACUGCCCUCUCUGCAGAGCUCCGGUUCAAUCCGAGAAUGUAAAUGUUACUGAUCCCCCGGAGACCAGUUCGGCCGAUGUCGUGAUAUCGGUGGUAAGCGAACCGGCCGGUGUAUCGGAGACCCGAGAAUCAACCGAUUUCGCCGGUUCUUUUCCGGUGGCCGGUUUGCAGCCUGAAUGGUGCCCGAGAAAGGCGGAGGGGCUGGUGGGGUUAGCGGCAGGAAUGGAGGCAGGUUCGGAGGAGAUUUUUUGUUCGGAUUUGGAAAGGAAUCGGUACAAGUCUCUGUCGUUGAAAAGGAUUUGGAGUAUAUAAUUAAUGUCUGAGAACUAAAACUGUUUAAGGAUGAAAGAAUUAGAACUAACCGACAGUGCUGUGGAAGACGAACCUCGGAGAACAGGGGUGGUGUUUUGUCGGAGCGAUGUUGCUUUGGACGCGCAGCACUUCAUUUGUAUACGUGGCAUUCAGCCGUAAAUCUUGUAUAUAUAAUAUGAUGAUAUAAAUUUUGAUUUCAAUUU